GUUUGUCUGCAAUAGUUGACCAGAUUGCCAUCCCCCUCCUUUUACGUCUUCACACAGAAAACCCCUCUUCCAUCCUCCGAGCUACAAUACAAAUUAUAUAGACCAGAAAUUCACAAAAUUUGUAUUUUUCUCGGAGAGUGAUUGAGAGAGAGAAAGGGGGUGGGGACGGCGGAAUGGGAAACUCCUUUGGGUGCUCUGCAUCGGGGGAGAGAUUGGUGUCGGCGGCAAGAGACGGCGACUAUGUAGAAGCAAAGAUGUUGCUGGAUUGCAACCCUUAUUUGGCCAAGUACUCAACUUUCGGCGGUCUCAACUCUCCCCUCCAUUUUGCAGCCGCUAAGGGCCAUAACGAGAUUGUGGCUUUGUUGCUUGAGAAUGGAGCUGAUGUGAAUUCAAGGAAUUACUGUGGCCAGACUGCAUUGAUGCAAGCAUGCCGGUAUGGCCACUGGGAAGUUGUUCAAACUCUUCUUCUUUUUAGAUGCAAUGUUACAAGAGCAGAUUAUCUAAGUGGGAGGACUGCUCUUCAUUUUUCUGCAAUGCACGGACAUGUUAGAUGUGUGAGAUUGGUGGUGGCUGAUUUUGUCCCAAGUGCCCCUUUUGAAUCUCUAAAUGCUGACUCCAAUCCCAGUAGAAGUGACACUCUACAUUCAAAAAACAAGAAUGAACAAGGGAGUUUGUCAAAGUUUGUGAAUAAGGCUGCUGAUGGCGGCAUUACUGCUCUACAUAUGGCUGCAUUGAAUGGAUAUUAUGAUUGUGUCCAGCUCCUACUUGAUCUUAAUGCGGAUAUAUCAGCUGUUACUUUUCACUAUGGAUCUUCCAUGGAUCUUAUAGGAUCAGGAAGCACUCCUUUGCAUUAUGCUGCAUGUGGGGGCAAUCUUAAAUGCUGCCAGAUGCUAAUUGCAAGGCGUGCUAGUCGGUUGACACUCAACUGCAAUGGAUUGCUUCCUCUUGAGAUUGCUAGGAUGUGGGGACGUCAUUGGCUUGAGUCUUUGCUUGAUCCAAAUUCUGAUGCUAUUAUACCAGUCUUUCCACCCUCAAAUUAUCUAUCUUUGCCCCUCUUGAGUGUCCUUAACAUUGCAAGAGAAUAUGGGUUGCAGUCUUCAGCCACCACAUCUUCUGGUGAUAUAGAAACAUGUGCCGUUUGCCUUGAGAGAGCAUGUUCAGUGACCGCUGAAGGUUGUGGACAUACACUAUGUGUAAGAUGUGCACUCUACCUCUGCUCAACCAGCAACAAUGUCCAAUCUGAACCGCCAAGUGGUCUAUCUGGCUCCAUCCGCUGCCCGUUCUGCAGACACGGCAUUGUAUCUUUCCUUAAACUACCUGGAUCUUCAGCAAAAGAGCUAAAACUCAACCUAUCUAUGAGCUUAUGUACCCCAUGUGUUCUACACCCACGUGAUCAAGAACAUAAGUCUCCUCAGGACGGGCAGGAUAUCAGAAAGAAUCGUGUUGCUUCUGUGUCUUCAUCGGAUACUAUGCUUUGCCCCGUCACCUGUAGUCCCUUCCCUUCUGUUGCUAUCCCCAUGUGCUCAUGCAAUGACGGGACGUACACUUUUGAAACCCGAGGAGACGGAAGGCAAGAUGACGAGUCUCCUAACCGUGGUGGGGUAGAGUCGACGGCAGUGACGGGGGGAGAGGAUGAAGAGAAGAUGGGGGUAAGGUUGGAAAGAACAACAUGUUCCAACAUGUUUUGGGGGAGGAGGAGUUGCACUAGGGAAAAUCUGUGUAAUGCUGAGAUAAACGUUUAAUUAAUCUGAUCGGUUUUGUAUAGGAGGCCUCGAUUCGAUUGACCGAUGACAGCUUCAAUCACAAGUUGAAGUGUGAAGGAUUUUGCCUCCGGGGUUGCAGGCUUGCAGCAAGCAGGAAAGACGGCAACCUUUGAUGAUUACUAGUCUAUGUGCUAUUUGUUGAUUAUUAUUACUGUGUAUAGGCCCCCGCCCCGUCUCCGUCCCCGUCCCUGUUUUCACUCCUGAAUUUAUCUUUUUUAUUUCGUGGUAGUGAAUAGGUGGAUGUUGAGCCAAAGAGAUGCGAAUCUGCAUCAUUUAACAGACUCAAUGGACUACAGAGACUACUUUUUCUACUAAAAUACAAAUACAAAUGUACAUCAAUCCAAUUUAUUUCUCCUUGUGUGGUCAAAUGUACUCAUAGCUGAUGGUCACCAAGCAAAAAUGGUCCGACAUAUGUACUAUGGAAUACUAUAGCAAAAAUCAGCUAUGACAUAUACUCAUAGCUUGAUGGUCACAUAGCAUGAGCAUAUAUCGGAUUAGACCUAGGCCGGUUUUAACUUUUAAGCAAAAAUUGGCCGACAUAUGUACUAUGGAAUACUAUUUUGUUACAAUAUUUCGAAUAUAUAUGCUGGAUUAGACUUGAGCCGUUUUCAC